GUCUAGGCGAAUGGCUUUGGGAGAGAGAGAGAGGCGGGAGAUGGGAACCCGCAGAGAGGUACUAGCUACCAAUGCCGAUCCCAGACCAACAUGAAGCAAAGGCUAAAAUUGAGCCUCUGGUUGUACUCGAUAAGCCUCUGGUGUGUACAGAGUCUCUCUCGAGGCCUACAGCGAGUGUGGCGUGAUUGGACGUGGGACUCGAAUGAAUCAACCUCGCAGGUGCUUGGUAGUGCGUGCUACGCAGGAGGGCCGACCCCGUGCUCUCAGAAACAGGGUGAUGCUCGGCAGGAAAGGACGGGCGAUCCGCAGACCGGGAUCAGACUGAAGGAUGGCGAGGGCGAUGACUGGAGCGAAAGAUGGUGGAGGGUGUGAUGUGGUGGGAUGAUCGGACGGCCAGAGAAGUCGAGGAAAGACGAGGGCAAAGGCAUGAAUGGGGGCUAGUCUCAAGGAAGGCGAGUUUCCCGACUGGUGACACUGCUCGGACAAGAAGAUUGGACUCGAAGUGGUUGCAG